GCGUUUACGUCGCAGAAGUGAGUGAACACGAGCGAAGAAGGUGAACUGCGUACGGGGGAAACGUGCUGUUUUUAACCCCCUGAUCUGACCUGCCACUUGGAUUUUGACCCAGAUCAGUGAUAUGUAGUCACCCCUUCACCGCAGACUCACUUUCAGACCAUCUAUCGAAGAAGCGCUGUGCGUGGAUUGAUUUGUUGUUGGAGGCGAAGCCGCGCUGAGACGCUUUGAGGUCGGGUAAAGUGGUCUCACACCCACCCGCAUGAGCUCCACACGGACGCGGACUUUGACACUGCUGCCCAGCCCGGUGGAUACCGGAGAGCAUGAGCCGAGAUGAGCCAGAGAGACACACUGGUGCAUCUGUUCGCUGGAGGAUGUGGAGGCACGGUGGGUGCGAUCUUGACGUGUCCGUUAGAGGUGGUGAAGACGAGGCUUCAGUCUUCCUCAGUAACGCUCUGCAUCUCUGAGGUGCAUCUGAGCACAGUUAAUGGAGCCAGCGUGGCACGUGUGGCCCCUCCAGGGCCCGUUCACUGCCUCAGAUUAAUUCUUGAGAAGGAAGGGCCUCGUUCUUUAUUCCGGGGUCUGGGACCCAAUCUAAUCGGAGUGGCUCCUUCACGGGCCAUCUACUUCGCAGCCUAUUCCAGUGCAAAGGAGAGACUGAACCAUGUGUUUGAGCCAGACUCCACACAGGUGCACAUGACGUCUGCUGGGAUCGCAGGGUUCACGGCAAUAACGGCAACCAACCCAAUUUGGUUGAUUAAGACACGUCUACAACUGGAUGCCAGGAACCGCGGGGAGCGUCGUAUGAACGCGUUUGAGUGUGUGCGGCGGGUGUAUCAGACGGACGGUCUACGUGGGUUUUACCGCGGCAUGUCUGCAUCCUACGCGGGCAUCUCAGAGACUGUGAUCCACUUUGUGAUCUAUGAAAGUAUCAAACGCCGUCUUUUAGAGGCCAAAGCAGCAACGCACAUGGAUGAGCAUGAGGACACAGCCAAGGACGCGUCUGACUUUGUGGGCAUGAUGCUGGCAGCCGCAACCUCCAAGACCUGCGCCACAUCGAUAGCCUAUCCACACGAGGUCAUCCGUACACGGCUCAGGGAAGAAGGUAACAAGUACCGCGCGUUCUUCCAGAGUCUCAACCUAGUGAUCAGAGAGGAAAGCUAUCGAGCUCUUUACCGAGGACUCACCACGCACCUGGUCAGACAGAUCCCCAACACGGCCAUCAUGAUGUGCACCUACGAGUUCGUCGUCUACCUGCUCGAUGGCUGACCUUUGACCGAGGUGCCUCAGUACUCAUGGACAAAAAGUUAUGUGGUUUUAUUCACCUUGUCAAAUGGUGUGUGUUCUGGGAGGAAGGUGUUAGAAGAAACAGGGUAAUGACUAAAAAGUUGGUGUCUAGAAAGAAGCUUUUCCUUCCCUUUCGCUCUUUUAAUGUUGUUUAAAAUGAUGCUGCUUCUAAAAAGCCUUGACAUACCUGACUAAAGAUUACAAGUCGAAUGGAGUGUGUUACAUUAACCAUCAGCACCAGUUCACCUUUAACCCCUCAGAGUUUGGCUUUCCAUCUCAAACAGCACUUCACGUCAAAUUGAUCUUGAAUGUGGUUUCAGCGGUUUAGUUCUGUCGGAGAAGCUGUUGUGUUGGCAGGUCAUUGAGGGUUUUGUCUGCCCCAUUUCUGGACUAUGAUGGCGAUUUUCUCAAGCUCUGAGCUGGGAAGGCAUUGGAGGGCACCCAAACAGAGGCUCACUUCCUGUCUGGAAACGGCCAAUCGGGUUGCUCUUACACCAUGCAGUGCAAAAACAGGAAGAUCCUGCAUAGAUUCACAUACCUGACACUGUGCGCACACAUGUAAAAAAAAAAAAAAAAAAAAAAAAAAAAAAAAAAAAAAAGUGUCAAAGAGAGUGUUUUGUCGUUUUGACACUGUACAGGUGUGUGUGCUAGUCUCAAAAGUGUCAUAUUUGUGUGUUUAUACAUGUUGUCGUGUGUUUGCUGCCCAUAUUUGACCUUAACACAUGAAUGUAAAAAUCAAUGCAGCCAAAGUAGGUUGUUGGCACAAAACAAUAUUUAAUAAAUAUAUGUUCUGUUCUCAGCAGAAAAAUUACUAAUGAAAGAAGGAAUAAUAAUUUAAAUUUGUAAAAAGAAUUAAGUAUUAUGCAAAAAAAAAAAAAAAAGCCACUGCACUGUAACACAAAAUAAGCUUAUUUUUCUUGGUGAACAUGUUGUGCCCCCCACACCAAACACACACAGAGAGCACAAAAAAAUCAGAGAGUGUGUGGCUGCUCUGCUGAAUGCCGUAAAAAAAUUCCUCAUGCCGCAAAAAAAAAAAAAAAAAAAAAAGUUUCAUUUUUGUCUUGUUUUGCAGUCAAAAUACCUAGGCAUCCAUUGAACAAGAUCCAUUUACUCGAAAAACCAUUUCAUAAUUUCAUUAUUAUUAUUGUGUUAAAAUUUAAUAAUAAUAACCUCAAGAAAAAGCUAAAUCUUAAUUCCUGUUAGAUUUAUACUUAACAAAAAAGAAAUUUGCCAAUGAGUUGAGACAAAUAAACUUAAUUCAGUGUAUAUUUACAGAAAAUGUCUUUUGUUUCUUAAUUUCAAGUGAAUUGAUUUUGUUUUAAGGAUGUUUUAGAUCCUUUUUUCAAGGAAAACAAGACAAAAAUACUGUUAAAGAAAAUGUUUUUUUGCAGUGUGGACAAAGAAAAACAUAUUAAAAUAAAAAUAUAGACAAGCUGUCAAAACGCAUGUUUUCUCUUUAUGACGCAGUUUUGUAUCUGGUUCUCUCACUCUUUCAUGCCUUUAUGAUUUGAUAUGACCCCCCAGCCCUAGUGUUUUGUUGUUGUUUACAGUCAAUAUGGUGUGAAAGGUGAAAUAACCUGCUCUGUUGUCACUGUUCAUUAUGACAUUAAUAUUCAGCAGUUGAUCUUAUGGAAAAAUAAAUGCAUAUGAGAAAACAA